GGGUCAAAGGUUUUGCGUUUCCUACUUCUCCCAGUUUGAAGUUAACAAAAACCGGUAGCUAUCUGCUUGUGUUACACUCACAAUGUCUGGAAUUCCUGUGGUUAUGCGGGUGGUGGCCUCUGCCUACUCUGUGGCUGAAAAGGCCGGGGCCAUUGUCAGGAAGGUCCUUCACAGUGGAGAACUUGGCAUUGUGGAAAAGACAGGAGCUAACGAUCUGCAGACACUGGCAGACAGACUAGCACAGCAGAGCAUUUGUGCUUCACUGUCCAGACGCUUCCCAAAAAUCACUAUCAUUGGAGAGGAGGAGCUUCCAUAUGAGGAGGUAAGGGAAGACCUCAUUGAGAAUGGCCAGGCAGAGGAAAUCCUCCAGAAGAGCUGUCCAGCAGAAUAUGUUGGGCUGAAAGAGGAGGAGCUUGUUGUGUGGGUUGAUCCUCUUGAUGGCACAAAGGAAUAUACUGAAGGGCUCCUGGAUAAUGUGACAGUGCUUAUUGGUAUUGCAUAUGGAGGCAGAGCUAUUGCAGGUGUCAUCAACCAGCCUUUCUACAACUACCAGCUUGGAGCAGGAGCAGAUUUAGGAAGAACCAUGUGGGGAAUGCUGGGACUGGGCACCUUUGGAUUUCAGCUGCGAGAGGUUCCAGGUGACAGACGAAUAGUCACCACCACCCGUUCCCAUAGCAACAAGCUCGUAACAGACUGCGUAGAUGCCAUGGAGCCACAUGAAGUUAUUAGAGUGGGUGGUGCUGGAAAUAAGAUAAUCCAGCUUGUUGAGGGGAAAGCGUCUGCUUAUGUCUUUGCUAGUCCAGGGUGCAAGAAGUGGGACACUUGUGCUCCUGAAGCCAUCCUGCAUGCAGUCGGAGGUAAACUGACUGACAUGCAUGGCAAUGCAUACGGCUAUGAUGCUAAUGUCAAGCACAUGAAUUCCGCUGGAGUUCUCGCCACACUACGCAACCACGAGUACUACGCCAGCAGAGUGCCACAGUCCGUGCUGCAAGCCCUCAAGUCAGAUUGAGUGUCAUGCGAUGACUGGAAGUGCAACGUUUAGUGUGUGAGAGGCCGACAUCUGCUGCUGUGAAGAACCAACAGCUUUUUAAGCUGUAAAAAUUAACAUACGGAUAACUGCUCGUCACUUCCUCACUUAUCUUUACUUAACAGACUAAAGGACGCAAACUCAAAGUGCACACAGAUGUUUGAUUCCCACAUUUUCACAUACACUAAAUUUACAUCAGAACAAAAAAGGAACCUUUUACGCUAUUGCAUUGCUUUUUUCCCUACUUCACAGCAAUAAUGGAAACUCUGCUCUUCAACAACCACAAAUGUUCGUUCAGGGGUAAAAAAUGUUCAGAGCUGAGGCUGGAAUGCGCAUAAUCUUUUGUUUAUGAAAGAAUAGUAAAGGUACAGCAUGAGUUGGCUGUGACAGUUGUUAAAGUUCAAAUAGGCUUUAAUGGCCUUUACAAUUUUUUUCUUGCAUUUAAGAAGAUUUCUAAAGAUAUUUAUUGCACUUUUAUCAUCAAAAUCUCAGGAUUUUUUUGAUAUCUCCAUGUGGAGGAUUAACAUUCUUGAGUCGAAGAGAAAGCAAAUAAGCUUGUUCUCCAAAAGUGUACAACUACUCCAUUUCUAUGUUAUAUACUCAACAUAGACGGGAAAAUGGCAGUAAUUAGGUAGAUUAUAUGGACAUUAGACAAGCCAAGAUGAAACAGUGAAUAUUUGGCCCUGUUGUUUUGGGAGAGCUUUUCUGUUGUGUGGGAGGAUUUUACAUUGGCAUCUCAGUCUCACGCGUGUGCAUGCAUUUAUAAAAUGGAAGCUGUUAAUUUGAAGGCAGAGAAGCAUCUUUUCUUUACAUCUUGCCCAUUCCACAAGAGGCUGGUUUUAAUAUUGCUGAAUGGACUGAGUCGCAGAAAUGAGGGCUGAGUUAAUACAUACCAUGGAAUAAAAAAAAUGGAUAAAAUACCACUCACAUGUCCAUAAAAAUACCCACAGAACAAGCAAAAAACACUCCUGGAGUUUCUGUUUACACAUGAACAAGCUUACUGAGAGAAGGCUGGAGUGUUUGAGGCAGCCUGCAGAGACGUGGGCCAGAAACCAACCAGGGGAGGAGCAGGAGAGUCAGGGCCAGCUGCUCACCUCUUUUUAGGUGCCUGAGUGGUGCGAGGUGGGGUGACUGGGCGUCCUGAAUUCACCCCUCCGUACUGGUACUUUGCUUUUUUUUCUGACGGCUUCAGAAUCUGAAAGAUGGAAUGAUGGCAGUGAUAAAUAUACUGACAGCACAUAAAUCAGGAUUAAUGUGCCAGUGCAACAGACACUGAGCUUUGUACCUGAAAGGAGCACAUGAGGGACUCAUCCACACUCAUCAUCCCGCCUGCAUUGUCAAACUCCCCGCAGUAGUUGGGGGCAGAAAACAGCGUCACCAGCUGUCGCUUGGCAAAGAACUCAUAGCCAUCUUCAACAACCUGUUAGGUAGAAGGAUUAGAGCUGAAAUGAUAAAUGUACCUAGAGAAAAUUCUUCAGCAGCAACUUUUAUAACAAAUUAUUUGUAUUUUUAAGUCCCAGCAAGCAUGCACUAAAAAACUAUAUAACACUGAUAUGGGAACGAUUAGCUACAGCAGAAGAGAGCUGCACUAUUGUGGCCAAAAUAAUUGUACAGUUAGGGUUGGACUGUGUGACCAUGUACUGUACUCUGAGACACGUAAACUGGAGGAGUUUUUCUGUACUAUUUCCACAGAGACAGUCAAUUAUUCAUCCACCUUAGAGAAACACAUUGUGCAUUUUAAAUUAACAGAAAACUGCCUUCACUGUUAUGCUGUGAUUGAUGUAAUUAUUAAAAUUGUGCAUCAGAUGUACAAAUCUUGAAAUAACUGAAUCUUUUGUCAUGUUAUCAUAUUUAACUGAACUCAAUGAUUACGAACCACAUUUCUUUGUCUCUGUUUCUGUAUGUGCUAAUAAUAUAUUCUGAAAGUUUUGUGAAUUUGUAACAGUUCCACUUUCUUUGCCUUAAUUAAAUAAAGUUUAAUUUUCCACAGUA